CCAACACAAAUAACAUAACCAAGCACACGGCUCUUUUAUUUUAUUUGUUUGCACUGACACCUUUUCUAGUCUGAAAGGUCUGGAUAGUGCUGUCUAUCAUGCCUUCGCCUUCGCCUGUUCCCGCCUGUUUCAGCACACAGCUCAUUAUCGGGCAAUGGAGUGAAUGCUCUGCCACACUCUUUUUCUCUCCUCUCGCUUUCCCAUUGCUCCAAAUGCAGUGCUCCCUUAUAAUAAUUCUCUCCAUCGUCAUCCAGCAUAUUUAUAACCUCCUUGGGAUUCAGCCAGCAAGCACUAAAAGAAAACACUCGGCUCUCCUGUCGCGGCAACCCCAGCCCUCGAAAGAACAAACAGCCAACGGUCGGCACUUUACGUGGCCUGCUCAGAAAUUCCCUUCUUGGCCUAGCCUUCCUUUAUUUAUACGUCUCCUCCUCUUGCCGUUUGCCGCCUCUUUUUCUUCUUUUUCCCUCCAACACUUCUUCAUCGUUCCCAUUCCUCUCAUCAGCCGCAAGUGAUUCCUUUCCAAGAGACAGUUCCCCUUCCCUAUCUCUUACUUUCUUUAGAAGGGUUAAUUGUCCUUUGAGUUUCUAUUUUUUUUUAAUUUAAUUCCCAUACUUCACACCUGUCCUACGAGCAUCCAAGAUGGUCCUUCAGUUCUAAUUCAUCCCACCUCGAGGCCCCCUUCCGCUCGAGAAUCUCAACUCGCUUUGAUGUUCACC